GCCGGGCCGCGGGCGUGAGGCGGCCCCGCAGGCCGGCCUGCCCCGCUCCUCGGGGGCCGGGGAGCCGCGCCACAGUCUCUGCAGGCGAGCGGGGCCGGCGCGGCGCGGCGGGCCGCCGGGGCCGGGCGCUGCCGGACGGACCAUGCCGCGCCGGGCGCUGCGCCUCUUCCUCCUCCUCCUCCUCGGCCCGGGCUGGGCCGCGGCUGCAGAAUCUUUCCAUUUACCAGCACCACAAGGUGUGAUGGUUUAUUCCUAUAACUUUCACAGCUCAUUGAGGUGGUCUCCUGUUAAAGUGGAUAGAGGUCCAGUGUUUUAUACAGUCCACUUUAAAACAGGGGCCUUUAACCAGUGGGAUGAGAUGAACUGCACCCGUAUUACUCAGACUGAAUGCAACUUCCCCCUGUUACUUAAUGAACGGCGUUGGACUAUUACUUUGCGUGUGAGGGCUGAGUUAGGGCAAAUGGUUUCUGACUGGGUGGAAUCAGAUCCAUUUGUGGCGGAGAGAAACACUAUUAUAGGACCCCCUAAAGUGAACAGUGUGAUUGUAAGCUCUGACUCGCUUCUCAUUAGUGUUAUACCCCCUUUUGGAUCUGAACUAGGUGACUUUCUUCAGUAUCAUGUGUUCUACUGGGAGAAUGCAACAAGUACCACUAAAAAAGAGAUGAAGAUGAGCAAUACGCUGUUCAAAAUUCAAAAUCUAAAGGAAUUGACACUAUAUUGUUUUGAAGUGCAUGUAGAAUUUAUGAUACAGCCAAAUCUCCAGAAACUUGGACUACCAAGUGUCCCAGAGUGUUACAGAACUACAGUCAGUGAGGCAACCAGAAAUGGAUAUAUUAUACUAAUAUUUCUGUUAAUCUUAUUUCUUGUAAUUCUUGUGAUAGUUGGCUUGUUUCUUAUGUGGAGAUACCACAACACAAUUAAAUAUUGGUCUCAGCCACCUUUCAAAAUCCCAUCACACUUUGAAGAGUAUUUGAAAGAUCCCAGCAUGCCUGUUUUAGAGGCAUUGGAGAAUUGCAUCGAGGAAGAUCCCUGUGAUUCCUUAUUUGUUGUGUGUAAUGGAGAAAGAAGCCAGGAAUGUGAUGGCAGUGCAGAGGGUAAAGCUCAUCCCCCCAGCGGCUCCGGUGAAAGUGAACUAACUUAAAUGGUAUUCCAGUGAGACACCUGUACUCAGUCUUGCAGCACCUCCUGCCACUAAGUGGCACUCCCCAGCUACUGAUAGCAGACCAAACUAUGGACGAAGCACUGUCCUUGCUGAAUCUUGAGCAAGAUUUUGCUUCCUGAGAAUACUGUGGAACCUCAGGCUUCGUUUAAAUGGUUUCUGCUGUACUACAGUAGCAACUACAUUCUCCAGGAGGAAUAUAGAAGGUGGAACACAAAGGUGAAAUGAACACUAAAUAGCCAUAUAACAAAGAAGACAUGAUGGAAACAGUUACAUUGACAUUGUCGUAAUAAAACUUUUUUCCCAAGCUAUAAUAAAGCUUUGAGAAAUAUGGCACUUUAUGGUAGGAUGUAAUACAACCUGGAAUUGUUUGCACCAUGAAUUACUUUUUAUAGUAGCUUUUUUUUUUUUUUAUUUGCCUUAUUUGUGAAUUCUGUCUUAGCACCAAGUGUUAUAUCUACCCCAGUAUCCUUUUUUGAAUCAGUUUAAGUACUUGGUCUUCUGUGGCUUUUACUUCUUCCCUCCAGAUAAAAAUGACAGUCUAAAAAGAAUCUGACUGUACUUUACCUUCCUCAGAGUGAACUUGUGCAAAGAACUACUCCAAGAAGGGCACCGGACAGUUCACUCCUUCCACCCUUGAUAACUGCCUCCUAAUGCAUUCAUAAGAAGCAUUAAUCUUUUGCUCCUGCGGAGAAAUAACAGUGUUCUUCAUGGCAAGAAUGAACUUCAAAAUACAGUUUGCUUAGCAUUUGUAUGAAAUGUAUGAACAAUUACCAGACACUAAGAGUUUUUGUGCUACAAAAACUACUAGUACUAGUAGUAAAAAGUAGUAGUAGUUUUUGUACUAGUGCUACAAAAGGAAAGUUGAACUUUUGUUUUGAGUCCCAUGAAGCAGAAGCAGUAAGACUUAAUGCAGGCUACCGCACAACUGGCUAAGGAAUGGACAGGAAGGUGAAACCUUUCCACCUCCCAGUGGGAGUCUGGAAAAUAUCUGCUAAUAGAAAAAAUCAAAGAAAAAGAACUUACCACUUCUUACACAAUAAAAUUUGUUUUUAUUCCACUAACUCUGUUUAUUUAAAAAUGAAAUAAAAUAAUUAUGCUUAAUUAUU